GUAUAGAAGCAGUACAAGAGAACAGACUGCGCACAGGACUAGUAAAUCCACGGCGGCGCGGGUGGAUGCAGUCUCACGCCACGCCCCACCGUCGUGACUGUUAGUAAAACUCAAGUCUCAGCUCCCGCUUUUAAAAAAAUCGCCGCCCGCGCAGCCAGCUUGGAUGCCACGGCGACGGCGACCGCAGGCUACCCGCAUGGGCAUGGCGCCACCACCAUAUAACGCAACCGCCACCGUCCUUCUCCCUCCGUCUCCGAUCCAUCCAACAAACUGAAGCAGAGCAAACGGCUCGGUUCGAGAUUCGGCAGCAGGGCAAUUCGGUGGCCUGUGUCUGUGUGGCGUGCUUCUUGAUCAGGCGUCAGCAGCAUGAAGCACAGAUCGCCGAGGAGCCGGUGCGCGCCGCCGCCGGUGGGAGUGCCAGCGCGCGGCUGGGGCGGGAGGACGCUGCUGGUGGCGGUUCGGAGGGACGCGGCCGGGAGGGAGCUGCUCACCUGGGCGCUGGCCAAGGCCGCCGCCGGCGGCGACCGCGUUGUUGCCGUCCACGUCACGACCGCCGACGGGCUCGGGCCGGAUGAGAGGGGCAGAGCCGCCGAUUCGCUGGCCUCCGUGCUCGGCGCGUACGACGGCUUCUGCAAUCUCAACCAGAACAACCUGGAGCUCAGGGUCUGCCAUGGAUCAUCCGUCAAGAGGGCUUUGGUAAACGAGGCCAUCUCCUACGGCGCCGCGCAACUCAUCCUCGGGAUCACCAACAACUCUAGGCAUCUCGGAUUGUCUGUGGCCAAGUACUGCGCCAAGAGGGUCCCGCAGAGCUGCACGGUUCUUGCCGUCAGCAAUGGCGCCGUCGUGUACCAUGGGAACGCAAUACAGGAGGAGAUCAACCAAUGCUGCACUACAAUGUCACCCCGAAGAAACUAUUCUCUGGUGGCGGAGACACCACGAAGAAUCUACAGGAAGAUACUCGACGCCGCAGCGACUAUUGGGGAGAAAACUAAGGAUGACUCGGCCAUCGGCCAUCGCCGGUCCUUGCAGCGGAACAUGUCAAUGUCGAUGAGCGCCCCCGUCUCGCCAAAGGUAGCGGUAGCACCACCGACUCCGGUGACAUGUCACAGGCGGGAACUGCCGGAGGUGGCUGUCGGGUGGCCAUUGCGAAGGAAGGACAUCAUGCCUGCCUCGCCCGAGUGUUGGGAGAUGUCUGUGGUUGAGUGGGCAAUGCGGCUUCCAAGACGGUGUUCACUGCUAUCGCUAGUCAGUUCAGUCAAAACUUCCGAUCACCAGGCCACCUCUCAAUCAAGAAGCGAUUCGACAGAGCCGCCGUCUCCGGUGACCGAGGAAGCAGCGGAGUUGGUCUCGAUCAGAGAGAAGUACUCGUCAAUGUACACCAUGUUCAGUUACAGUGAUCUUGCGAGGAUCACCUCUGACUUCUCCCCAGAGAGGCUAGUGGGGAAAGGUGGUGCGAGCCAUGUUUACAGUGGCCGUUGCGAAGAAGGGAAGGAGCUGGCGGUGAAGGUCUUGAAAUCUUCAGCGGAGGUGAUGAAGGAGUUCGUCGCGGAGAUCGGCAUCAUCAGCUCCGUCGACCACAAGAACGCCAUGGCCCUCGUCGGCUUUUGCGCCGAGCGCGGCAAGCUCAUGCUGGUCUACGACUACAUGCGCAGAGGCAGCCUGGAGGAGAUCUUGCACGGUGAGAAAGAAUGCAAGGGCUCAAGGUUAGAUUGGCCGGAGAGAUUCAAGGUGGCCGUCGGAGUCGCGCGCGCUCUCAAUUAUCUCCACAGCGGCGGCGGCAAGCGUCCGGUGAUUCACAGGGACAUCAAGUCCUCCAACAUCCUCAUCUCCGAAGACUGCGAACCGAAGCUGUGCGACUUCGGCCUCGCGCUGUGGGCGGUGGACGCGGCGGCGCAAGUCACCGGUGACGACUUGGCCGGCACGUUCGGGUACUUAGCCCCCGAGUACUUCAUGCACGGCAAGGUGAGCGACAAGAUGGACGUGUACGCCUUCGGGGUCGUCCUUCUGGAGCUCGUCUCCGGGAGGAAGCCGGUGAGCUCCGCUGGCCCCAAGGGCCAGGAGAGCAUAGUGAUGUGGGCAAAUUCCAUCGUGCAAGGCGGGAAGCUGACAGAGCUCGUUGAUCCGAGCCUUCCGACGGACAGCGACAACGCCGGCGAGAUCGAAAGAAUGGCCCUCGCGGCUGCACUCUGCAUCCGUCGAGCACCGCAAGGCCGGCCUAGCAUAGCAAACGUCCUGAAGCUGCUCGACGGCGACAACGACGCCAUCCAGUGGGCGAGGUCGCAACUGGGUAUGCCCAAUGCCUGCGAAGACAACCACGGCGACCAAGAUUAUUACACCGCGGCUGCUUCGCCGGACAAGAACGACAUCCAAUCGUACAUCAAGCUCGCUCUGCUCGAUGACGACUACGAGUCCGUGGGUUGCGCCCCCGACUUCAUCGCCGGCAACAUGUCGCUGGAGGAGUACAUAAAGGGGAGGUGGAGCCGGUCGUCCAGCUUGACUGAAGACGGAGGCUACAACCGUGGUGGUAGUGCACGGAUUUUUGUGUAGAUACCAUCAGCAAUUCUUUUGAUUCUUUCGUUUAUGUGUAUAUAUGUUGAGUACAGUUUUCUCUUUCUAGUUACUAGGGUGGUUGCAAAUGCGAAUAUGCAAUUUCCCCUCGUGCAAUUUUGAUGUAGAUAAUUUUGAUAUUUUA